GACACAUUGCCACCAGGAGCAGAAUGAGUUAAAAGUUAAAAGCUGUGUUUUCAGUGGCAUCUCUUUAUGUCUGAAGUAUCCAGAGACUUCUGGCUUUAUCUUAUCCUCCUGUGUUUGGUUUUUCCUCAUUCAUUCAGAGGGAAUGGAUAGCUCUAAAAUGUGUGGCAGAAAAACCAUUUGUUUCCUUUGUUUUUAAUUCACUCUUGAAAAUUCUGCAGAGAUCAGACAGGUUCAGACCUGGCUGUGCUGUGUUGGAUUUCCCACUUCAAACUGAACUGCUUUAUCACACACUUUCUCGUGCUGUUGCUGAAGUUUCUCACCACCUUCAUUGCCGAUCUCAUUGGUUCCUCAUCUGGAUUACUGCUAAACUUCGACAGCUUUCUGUUUGCCUUCAGGAGAUUGCAUUUAAAAUGGUUUCUGCCACAGAAAUUCCUUCUCUCUAAUUGUGCCAAGUUCUCAUUUCUGCUAUUACUACUUUUUCAUCUCUGCUGCCUUCUGGGACGAGGGAAGUCUCUUACUUACCUCUCUUGAUCAGCAGAUGUUACACCAUCCCAUAGGGCAUCAGCUUUCAGGUUGCAGUGUUCUCAGGGUUGGCUCUAUGUGUUGGGGUGGGCAUUUCUCAUUUGAGGACCUUUGUAAGUUUGAAACAGGCUCUUUCAGCCCUCGAGAUUGUUCUCCUCUCCAGGGAGAAUUUCUUUUUGUAAGCUCAGGAAAACCGCUUAGCCUUUGCUGGAGGCAUCAGUGUGCAAAAACUGGGAGGAUUUUCGGGGCUUUGUAAAAUCAUUCAUCCUCCUUUGUGAUGUUUUAUUAUCCAAAAAAAAAAAGCCCAACCCUACACCCUGACACUGUAUUUGCAGCUCCCAAUAGAAACAAUGAGAAAAAGAUCAGUGCUGGAAAAUAAAGGUGUUUCAGGAGAGAGUUCUAAAGGCAGAGAUUGUUUCCAUACUAAUCUAAACGUGCUCAGAAUAUCUUUGCUCUGAUAGAGCCACACAGUUAAGAACACCUAACUUAUGCUUAAUUCUAGCCAUAGUGCUUUUACUUGAGUAUCUGAUUACAUAGGAAUACCAUUUCUUCGUGGAGCUGGAGGAUAGGAAGGCACCAGUUAGUGAGCACUGCAGUGUAGCGUGGUCCAUGAGCACGGCGUUGCAGGUGAUGCCCUUCCCAUCAGCCAUCAUCUGUCUGUGCAAUAUCUUGAUUUCCAAACUCAAAUCUGGGCUGUUUUCUGCAAGCAGGAGCCGAUAAUUCAAGAUCAAGGAAACGAAGGAUCAAGCUUUUCCCUGCAGGUGUGAGCAGAGAACUUGCACUGCCCCCAUUGAGGCCCUCUUUGGGCACCUGGAAGUGGAAGCUGCCCCAUGUAGGUGUUAAAAUUAGCACUUUCUGACUAGGCUGGAACGUUCCUUCUCUCUUGGCAGGCUGCAUCCUGGUUGCUGUGGGAACCAGCCCUUUUAAUUUCCUGACUUCUGUGUACAUCCAAAAUUGUGCUGUGACGUGCUCGGUCACCAAGAUAGCUUUGGGGGUUUGCGUGGAUCAGAAAGCAUUCUACGUAGCGCUUCCUUCCUUCAGCAUCACUUUGGUGCAUCUCCAGGAGAGCACCUUCAUGAGGUUUUCUGCUCACCUGCAAUUCCCAUUCGCCUUAAUGAGUAACCACAGGAUGAAAAGGAACAUUUAGUUUUUCUCUUCUUAAGCCAUUCCUAGGAUACCAGAUGUUGGGAACUCAGUAGAGCCAUUUUGCCUUUGUGCUUAAGACCUGUGCUGGUGUCUGACCCUGCUCUCCUGCUCUUUGCUUCCCUCCACACUCUCCAGAUGAGCCAUGUGUUUCUUGAUGUGGAUCCUGAGGCUCCACCACUGCGGAGUGUGAGAGCCCUUCCAUGUCUCACUUGCAGCACACGCCAGUUACCCAUCCUGAGGUCAGGUUUGUUCCUUUUGCAACAUUACGGCGUUGACUUGAGCUGAAUUUGUUAUUUGCUGUAGUCCUGGCAUCAUUCCUUGCAGAGUGCUGCCUAACCAUUUAUUCCUUAGGCUUUGUUGUUCUUCCCUCUGGGUGAAACACUUUGUGUUCCAAUUGGAUUGCAUCCUGGUUAUUUCAGAAGAUUUUCCCAGCUUUCAAGGUUAUCUUGAAAUAUAAUCCUGUUCUGUAAGACAGUGGAGAGCGUUUGGAGCCUUUCAGCUGCAAUCUUGUUGGUGUGACUUUCUCCUCAUGGGAGAAGAAGGGAAUAUGGACAGAUGGUUCCGAGUUGAAGUGUCUUAAUGUGUUCCUGUUCAUCGACUUAGAUGUGGUAAUGGACCAUGUGCAUUCUCCUGACCCACUGCAUUCACACACAGUAUGUAUUUAGAUCCUUUCCUUGCUCACCUAGCUCAGCUCAUGACCAUUAAUGAGAGCUUCACUGUAGCUGGUCUGAAAGCAGGCGUCCAGGUGCAGAUCUUUCCAUUCAGUUUCAUAAUGAACAGCACAAGUAAUCCUAUUGAACUCAUGUUUGAAGCAAAAGGCGGUUUCUUAUCUCUCUGAAGUGUGCUCUCACAACUGGACUCUGUGAAGGACCAGAGCAUUUCUUUGAGGACACAAUGGGACGCAGUGUUUGCUCAUCUAGGCUGUAGGUGAAAACCCAAACUGUAAGAUUUAGAGCCUUACCUAGAAAGGCAGUGUCUGCUUUGCAGAGCCUCUCCUGGAUGAGUCUCAUCUGCUGAGGGAAUGAGCUACCUUGACUUAGCUCUGAUCAUCUCCCUCUUGUGUUGUCACAGCGCAUCUGCCAUAGACACUUUCUGGGCUGUGUGAUUGGAAGGUAGAAGGGCACCUUCUCUUUUAUUAUAAUGAAGUGUCUCACCUUUGAAUUCUAACAUCAAUUAGCAGUCUCUGCUCAUUAGCUGCUGCCUAUAUCUCCCAAAGUUCAUGGAUAAUAGUUGCAGGUAGAAUGUGUGUGUUUAUUUUAAUAGGCCUGUUGGGGCCCUUCAUGUUAAAUGAUGCAUGUCCUCAAGGAGGCAUAUGACGAAGCAAUAAAUAAUACAUAAGCAGGUUACCUUUAACCAGCCUAAAAUUAAUUUCAAGCAUCCAGAAGAGAAGCAACCAGCAGUGUUUUGCUCACCACUAUUGCUGCUGUCAUCUUCCCUUUAACCUCCUUGAACUGUUCUACCCAGAAUUACUCCUUGCUUGUCAAAUUACCUUUUUUUUUUUUACCCCUAAACAAUCCCUGCUGGCUCACCAACAGCCAAAACAAAGGAGAGAAUCCCUUUUCCCAAAGGGGCAUUUGAAUGAGUAUUGCUUUCCAUUUUCCACUGAGCUCUCUGUAGCCAACUUAGUCUGCCUGCAAGAGAAUCUGUGCCAUGGGAAACUGAAUACACGUGGAGAGUGGAUUUGCAGUAUCUCUUCUGUAUUGAGAGUUAUAUUCCUGAGGCUCAGGCAAAGCACUUCUUCCUCCGUGGUGCUCACAAGCAGACACACUUUGAUUUGAGCACUGGGGAGUUUGGAGUUGCCUGAUGAUGGGGUCCCACCUGUUGAUGGAGCAUCACUCAAUGUCAAAAGGUGGUUGGAGAAUAUUAAACUGGGUGCUGCCAGGUAUUAAAUGCUUAACAGUCAGUUGGCAAUACAUGCUUAUUACGUCAUUCCUUCCACUGGAGGAAGUAACUACGUGAAGGGCUGUUGCUGUGAUGAGCAAUUCGUUUUCAUGCCAAGCACCUUUAUUUUCUUCUCCCCCCUUCCAUGAAGUACAGGUGCAGCGCUUUAUUUGGGAAGCACAGAAAGAUGAGGUGUCUGAAAGCUUGAAGAACCUUUCAUUUUUAGGCUUGCAUGAGAGCAUGCUCAUAAGAAACAGAUCAUUUCUAAUUCUUGAACUAAUUUCACAUCCCCUUUUUCUCUCUUUACUGCUUCCUUGUAGCUCAGAUUUAGUUCACUUUAAAUAAAGCAAACAAAGUUACUCUGUGUUACAGCUAUCAGGUUUAAAUAUAAGGUUAAGAAAUAAGAGUGGGUAAUAAGAGUGGCCCAGGGUGGGUAGGGAGCCCUAACCUAAAUGCAGAUCGGUAUCUCAGAAGGGCCAAACUCCCAGCCAUUCAUUGUGUCUGACCCAGAGCACCCCACAGAGAGGGCUGGUAAAUCUUCACUGCAGAGCACAUUUUCAAGGGGCUGUGCUGUGAUGAUCACAGUGUGCCUUGGUGCUGAGAUCACCUUGAGAUGUGUAGAAGCCUGCAUGGAGCUUCCCCCGAGAGUCCUGCCAUUGUCUGCCACCCAGAAGCUGUCUGGGGGGGGAGUCAGCAUCCCUGGAGGUGCUCGAGGUGUUGGACUGAGUGAGGGCUAUGGUUUAGUGAGGGGAUAUUGGUGGUCGGUGGAUGGUUGGACUGGGUGAUCUUAGAGGUCUUUUCCAUCCUUCGUGAUGCUGUGUGGCUGUAGCUCCCAGCCUGCACAAACCUCCAGAUAGAUGCCAGCAGUUGGGUCUGGUCUCCAAGCAGUAUCAAUGCUCAAAAAGAACCAAAAGGAACAAGAAAAGGAGAGCUCAGAGACGGUUGCUUGUCAGACUCCUGUUUUAACAAGGCACUGAUUUUAAUCAAAGCCAGUUCAAUCUUUUGAAGCCUUCACCACCAGCAUGAUGAGAAGAAGGGAUCUCAGUGCUUUUCAUUCUUGUUUUGCCCUGCGUUGCCGACCCUCCGAGAGGUGGAAACAAACAGCCGCUAAUGACCGGAGUCUCCUGUGCCUGAAUAGUUAACAGGUUUGUCAUACUUGGUAGGAACUGCAUCCUAAUUUUUAUUCCUAACAAGAUUUCAGCACUAAUUUUGGUUCUGACAGAUGUGACGUGACAUGGGAACAGUGGGAGCCGGGACCUUUCGUUUUCGAUCUGGGUCUGUGUUGCACUGAUCUGAGUUCCAUCCCCUCUUACUCUUGCCUUUCACUUGCAAACUUGCUGAUUAAAAUCAGCAAAAAAGCUUUUUUGACCCUCUCCUGUAGCACUUAUACAACUCUGCUAUAUGCAGGGUGAAGCACGAUGGCUUCCUCAUGACUUGUACUGUUCAUUUUAAGCAUUGGCACAACGCAUUCCUGUACAGAUAUAUAUAUAUAUUUAUUUAAAUGGCUUUGUUGGAAAUGAAGGAUCUGGUUUCUUUUCACUGAGAAAUUACAUAAUGAAUGAAGUGCCACCUGGCAUGGCAGGACCCCAUGGGUUCUGUCUCCAGCACUUUAGAGACAAUGUUCUUUAGCUUCUUGGCUUGCUGUAGUGCCUUGGUGCAUUGGCACUGCCUCCUGGGUGGUUGUGAUGCUGAGGUUAGCUGGGGCUUCCAUCUGUCUCUGUGACAGUUUGUAACAGUAGUGUGAUUGUAGGAUGGUUUGGGUUGGAAGGGACUUUAACCUGCUUCCGCUCUGCCCCUGGCAGGGACACCUUCCUCUAGACCAGGCUGCCCAGGACCCCAUCCAACCUGGUUUUACUUUAAAACCAUUAUCUUCCGUUCCAUCCUUAUGUUCCCUGAACAAGAGGCCCCUACGCAGCUUUCCUGUAUGCCCCACUGGACCACACCACCACUUGUUUUGGUUAAUGGCUGCUGUUUGACCUCCCUGAAUGUGCAAAUGCAAAGCGGUGUCCAUUAGCUGGGAGAGCUUUUUGGAGCUGGGAAUGCCUUGGGGAGGAGAGCAUGCAGGAGUGUUUUAUGCAAUUCUGGAGAGAGAUCCUGAAGUGUUAGCUCCUGCCCCAGCUGUCCCUUCUCCUUGGGCCUGCUGUUCUCCACCCUGCUUAAUACAGAAUCUUUGAGGAAGGAUGAAGGUGAAUGAAUCAUGCUUUGUUGCUGGUGAGUCACUCUGUUGCCUAAGUAUCUUCUCUUCCCUUGGCAGUGAGUCACUGACACCUUGUUAGAGCAGCCAUAGGCCACAGGCCCUGCUCCCACUUACAGGUGUGCGAUGGGGCUUUUUUGGGAUGGCAGCUGACAAGACUGUAUGAGGCUCAGGGUCCAUCACCAGCAAGCUGAGAGGUUGCCUCACUUACAGACAGCGCUUCAGCAGGUGGAACUGAUGGAGCAGCAGCACAGCCAGGGAAGGUGAACCACUUUCUGAACACAGUCAGAACUGCAAUUUAUUUCCUGGUGCCAAGGGAAUGCAUUGAAAAUAUCCUGGAUGCUUUUGCAAGUGCUCUGCAGUCCAUUUGUCAUUUUUCUUUCUUCACAGUCCACUUCUGUCCCUCUUCCCUGACUUUUGUCCUUUGCUCUCUGCUCCUUGGUCACAAAAUUGCUCUUAAGUCUGCGCAGUACUGUGUGCUUCACUUUGCACUGCAGGGUGCAGAAGUAGAGACAGAGGUUGUUCUGAGCUGAAGGUUUUCACCUUGGCUGCAAGAAGCCCUAUGGAAACUUGUGGCUGUCUCUGAUGUGACUGUGUGCUGUUCUGCAUAGCUUGCAGUGAGGCUGAAGGAGAGAAAAACCAGGGCUGCCAUCACAGUCUGCUGAUAAGAGGUGAAUCUUUGCCUUCUGUACAGUAGGCUGUCUCGCCUCUUAAAGACUUUAAUCCUGUCCUCUUUGUAAUGGAGCAGCUCUGCUGUGGGAUGGGAGCAGCACUUGGACCUAUCCCAGCACAACCAGCAGCAGUGCCAUGGUUGGUAAGCAUGGGCAGGUGGAAUGUGGUCGCUUCAGUUGGAGUACACACGUGGAACUGGUGGUUCUUGAGAGCUUCACCAAGUCAGGUGUAAACCCUCAUUAAUCUGCUAAUGAUCAAACGUGAAGUUUCUGUUGUGGGUGUGUUUCACUGGUCUGUUUGUGCCUGAGUUGGUGGGUUUGGUUUGCUGAUAAUGGGUAGCUGUAAGGAGGUUCACAGAUGCAGCAGCAGUUGAGUUACCACAGUUGGUGUAAGCCCCAGCUUGGUGCUUUGCAGUGCUUUUCAGGCUGUAAUUAGUCUCUGCAUGCUUGGCAGGUGGUGGGCUGGGUGUUCUCCCCCUCUGACUGCCUCUCAUGGCCUCCCUUUAAACUACACGUUGAGAAGAAGGGUGUUGUUCCCUUUUCUCUUCCCCACACGGCCUUGCUGGGAGCCUGAAAAAGGAGCAGGGCUGUGGGAUGUGCAAGUGGGUGAAACCUGUGCACGUGUCAGGAGCCCCAUUCAUUGAGAUUUGAUGUGUGUCUUCCAAAGCAUUGCCCUUCUGCUCUGCUGAGCGUGUGUUAAACCUCGUGCUGAAUCUUUGGGAGUGUGCUUUGUCCUGCAGGCUCUUGCUGCAGGUGGCUUUAAUGGGCACCUGAGCUAGCAGGCACCAGAAAGGAGUCAGGGAUAGAGGGAGCAGGGGAUCCUGAGACCUCCUGUUCAGCUGAUGCACCCGAACUGGAAGGAGCUGCUGUGGGCUUUAGGGGUGGUUCCUAAAGGCCCCUCUGAGAUUGUGUCACUUGAACAGCCUGGCUCCUUUGGGCCGACAUCACAGUGUGCUCCCACAGAGGCUCCAGGGGAUACAGCGAGGUCUUCGAGGAGCUACGGUGGUAGAUGCCUUAGAUACUCUGUACAUCAUGGAACUGGAGGAGGAAUUCCAAGAAGCAAAAACAUGGGUGGAGAAGAGUUUUGACUUGAAUGUGAAUGGAGAAGCAUCCUUGUUCGAGGUGAACAUCCGCUACAUCGGAGGACUGCUGGCUGCCUACUACUUAACUGGAGAAGAGGUGUUCAAGAGUAAAGCUCUGGAACUCGGAGAGAAACUUUUGCCAGCUUUUAACACCCCCACUGGUAUCCCACGUGGCGUCAUAAAUCUGGGCAGCGGCAUGAGUUGGAGUUGGGGUUGGGCAUCUGCCGGAAGCAGCAUCUUAGCAGAAUUUGGUACCUUGCACUUAGAAUUCCUGCACCUCUCCGAGCUCUCUGGCAACCCAGUGUUUGCAGAAAAGGUGCUCAACAUCCGCAAAGUCCUGAAAAGAGUGGAGAAACCACAGGGCCUUUAUCCCAACUUUCUCAGCCCGGUGACGGGGAAUUGGGUGCAGCACCAUGUCUCUAUUGGAGGGCUCGGAGACAGCUUUUAUGAGUAUCUCAUCAAAUCGUGGCUGAUGUCAGACAAGAAGGACUCUGAAGCAAAGAAGAUGUACGAUGAUGCACUAGAGGCAAUAGAAAAGCAUUUGGUCAAAAAGUCAGCAGGAGGAUUGACCUACAUUGCUGAGUGGAGGGGCGGCAUCUUGGACCACAAAAUGGGCCACCUGGCUUGCUUCUCUGGGGGCAUGAUAGCCCUGGGAGCCGAACAUGGUGGAGAAGAGAGGAAGCAACACUACAUGGAUCUUGCUGCAGAAAUAACAAACACAUGUCAUGAGUCUUAUGCACGCUCAGAUACCAAACUUGGCCCUGAAGCCUUUCGUUUUGAUGCUGGAACUGAAGCCAUGGCAACCAGACUCAGCGAGCGCUACUACAUCCUGCGCCCAGAAGUGGUAGAGAGCUACGUGUACAUGUGGAGGCUGACACACGAUGUCAAGUACAGGCAGUGGGGCUGGGAGGUCGUGAAGGCUCUGGAAAAACACUGCAGAGUAGAGGCUGGUUUUUCUGGCAUCCGAGAUGUUUACACCACGGUCCCAACCCAUGACAACAUGCAACAGAGUUUUUUCCUUGCAGAGACUCUGAAGUACCUCUAUCUUCUGUUCUGUGAAGAUGACGUGCUGUCUCUGGACGACUGGGUGUUCAACACAGAGGCUCACCCCCUGCCAGUCAACCACUCAAACUUCAAAGCUAAAGCAAGCGUGCAAUAGUGAGGCCAUUGCCCAGCACCCUGCUCCCACAACAUCGGCAGGUUACUGCAUUUCCUUUCCAUUAAAGGAAUUUGUGUUGUUCCUGAAAUGGUAUUUUGGGGCACUAGUCCAAUUCCGGACAGUAUUCUAUUGGGAAGAUGAAACCAUGACGUAAGCACCUUAUUUUCCUCUGUGAGGAGCUCUAAUAGCCUGAUAAUGAGAUGUUUAUUCUGGGCCAUACUGUACACAGUUCAUAGACAUUCCUUUCUACAGAGAAUUUAUAUGAAAUCCACUGACUUUGCUUUAUAGUGGCCAAAGGACUGGAAGUUUUCCAUAAGAUAGACUUCCCACAACACACACACACACUCCUCCUUUCAUUUUUUUCUGUUUCAUUUUUGCCUUUUAUAUACCAUUGGAUUUAUCACCUUUCUAAUUAACAGUUUUCAAUAUACUGUGCUUUCUAAGUGGUGUCAAAACUGUAACUAAAGCAAAACCUGUCAGCAAAAUUCUUUAUCCUAAUGUAUUUUUAUAUUCUUCUUUUUUUUUUCCUGUGCUCUUAAAACACACUUACCACACAUCAGAUCUCAUUUAACUUCCCAUUAUCGUUUUUGUGCUUUUCUACUUUUAUUUGGAACUAAAUGUUACGAAUCACUUGUAAUAAUUCCACUGCUGUAAUAGUCAAAUCUGUGAAACAGAAUAUAGGUCUUGUAAAAUAAAAAGCAUUUCUGGGUUGAUCCUACUUUAAAGCCAUAUGCCAAA